UUCUAAGAAUGAAUCAGUAGCAACAGAUACGGAGAAUAGAACUAGAACACGAACUGACAUUAGUAAAUAUUACUUCUAAUAUCUAAAGUAGGCAACAGAUUGCAUUAAAUUUAAGACUAAUAUGCCUAUUGAUUUACCAAAAGCUCAGGUUGAAGAAAUUGAAGCAUUAUCAGCCAUUUAUAAUGAUGAUUUAACAGUUGUUGAUGUCACGAAAAGAAAAUAUGAAAUCAAAAUCACAAAUGGAGAGGAAAGUUCAAAAAGAAAAAUUUGUCUACAGGUCACAUUGCCGGAAGAUUAUCCUAAAUCAUCUCCACCACAAUAUCAGAUACAUGCCAUGUGGUUAUCUGAUGAUGAAAGAAGAGACAUAGAAAAUAGUUUGGCUGAUAUUUUUAUAGAGAAUAUUGGUGAUAGUAUCUUGUUUAUGUGGAUAGAAAAAAUACGAGAAUUUCUUCAAACUUCAACUAAUAAUACAGCAUCUGCUGGUGCUAGCUCAAUUAAUCUUGAAACCGAAGAAAGUAAUGGUGCUCAAAAUGACACUCCGCAUAAUAAUGAAGACGAAACCGUCCCAGAUACUACAGAUGCUUCACUUGCCGCGGAAGUUGAUAACCUAGAAAUUGAAUAUGAUUAUACCAAAUAUAAAGCCGAAGAUAAAACGAAAGUAGAAGAAGAGUUGAAAUGUCCUGAGAUUUUACAUGGAGAAUUUAUACAUGAUAGAAAAAGUUUUUUUCAGGCACAUUGUGCUCCUGUUAAUUCUGUAAAAGAGGUGCAACUGGUAAUGGAUAAAUUAUUAGAAAAUAGAAAAAUAGCUGCAGCAACACAUAAUAUGCAGGCAUACAGAAUUUGUCAGGAAGGUAAAAAGAAUGAUUUAUGGUAUCAAGACUGUAAAGAUGAUGGUGAAAUACAUGCUGGUAAUAGAAUGCUUCAUUUAAUGGAGAUAUUAGAAGUUAAGAAUGUUUUAGUUGUUGUAACACGAUGGUAUGGUGGUAUUCAUCUAGGACCAGACAGAUUUAAACACAUCAAUAAUUGUACUAGGGAUAUACUAGAUUUAGGAGGCUAUAUUAAAAAUAAGGCCGAAAAGAAAGGUCCAAAAAGUGGGAAGAAAUCCAAGAAAGAUUCCUAGGACUAACUGAAGAUAAAAUUAUACACCUGAUUAUAUUUAAUGACAAUAUUUUAAUGAAAUUGUAAAUAUGUCAAAUGUAAAUAAACUCCAUAUGAAAUCUG